AUGAAACUAAAAACACCGAUAAUGAUGGAAGUGACGAGAACAAAAAUAAUGUUAUAAUUAGUUUUAACGCUAAAUAUGACGUAAUGAUACAGACAAAUUAUCCUUUACAUAAUAUAAAGAAGAAUUCAUUGAACUCUGCUUUGAAAAUGAACGCUUUCAUCUCUUCUCAAAUUUUAUUUCCGACAGAGUAUUGGUUCUACUACUAUGAAAUAACAAUCUUGUCAAAUCCGAAUAAUAAUAAAACAAUAAUUGCUAUUGGUCUCGCCACGAAACAUUAUCCAACUAAUAGAUUACCUGGUUGUGAUACACAUUCAGUUGGAUUUCAUUCAGAUGAAGGUAGAAAAUUCCACAAUGAAAAGUAUACUGGGUCAAAAUAUGCUGAAAAAUGGGGUGAUGAAAAUGACGUAAUAGGUUGUGGUUAUUGCCGAAAAACUGGGCAAGUUUUCUUUACAAAGAACGGUGAAAAUUUGGGUAUCGCUUAUACUGGUCUAUUUUAUGAUAAGUGGUAUCCUACAAUUGGUUCUAAUGGUUUUUGUAAAUUAAAAGUUAAUUUUGGCCAAAAAGAGUUUAAAUAUAAAGAAGCUAAUGGUAUGAGCGUUGCUGGUGUAAUUUCUCAAGAGUUAUUAAAUAAGGUAGAUGAAUCCGUUAAGAUAAAUGUGAAUCCUUCUUAA